CAAUUAAGUCACACAGCAUAACCAAUUCUGUGCUAGCAAAGACAUGGAGUUCUUCUAUGUCUCUCUCCUCUCUCUCUUCAUCCUUCUAGUCUCUCUCUCACUCCACUUCCUCUUCUACAAGAACAACAAGUCCGGCGGAAAUCUCCCGCCGGGCAAGACCGGAUGGCCAGUCAUCGGAGAAAGCCUCGAGUUUCUCUCCACGGGAUGGAAAGGCUAUCCGGAGAAGUUCAUAUUCGACCGGAUGGCCAAGUACUCGUCCACCGUCUUCAAGACAUCUCUCCUCGGAGAACAAGCGGCCGUCUUCUGUGGCUCAGGCGGUAACAAGUUCUUGUUCUCCAACGAGAACAAGCUUGUUCAGGCAUGGUGGCCUAACUCUGUAAACAAAGUGUUCCCUUCUUCGCAACAAACUUCUUCAAAAGAAGAGGCCAUCAAGAUGAGAAAAAUGCUACCAAAUUUCCUAAAACCCGAAGCUUUACAGCGAUACAUUGGGAUAAUGGAUCAUAUCGCUCAACGUCACUUUGUUUCGGCUUGGGAAAACAAAGACGAAGUCGUGGUGUUCCCUCUUGCCAAAAACUACACUUUCUGGCUCGCUGCUCGCUUGUUUGUAAGUGUAGAAGACCCCAUCCAUGUUGCUAAGCUUGGAGACCCAUUCGCCGUCUUGGCUUCUGGGCUUAUAUCUAUCCCCAUAGACUUGCCUGGAACUCCGUUUAACCGUGCAAUCAAGGCCUCCAACUUCAUCAGAAAAGAGCUUGUUUCUAUCAUCAAGCAAAGAAAAAUUGAUUUGGCAGAGGGAAAGGCAUCGCCAACACAAGAUAUUAUGUCACAUAUGUUAUUGACGAGCGAUGAGAAUGGCAAGUUCAUGACUGAGUUGGAUAUAGCUGAUAAGAUUUUGGGUUUGUUGAUUGGUGGCCAUGACACUGCUAGCUCUGCCUGCACUUUCGUCGUCAAGUUUCUUGCUGAACUGCCUGAGGUCUACGAGGGUGUCUACAAGGAGCAAAUCGAAAUCGCGAACUCGAAAGCUCCAGGUGAACUGUUGAAUUGGGAUGAUAUUCAAAAGAUGAGGUACUCAUGGAACGUAGCAUGUGAAGUUCUAAGACUUGCUCCACCCCUCCAGGGAGCUUUCAGAGAAGCCCUAGUUGAUUUCAUGUAUAAUGGUUUCUCUAUUCCAAAAGGGUGGAAGAUAUAUUGGAGCGCAAACUCAACACAUAGAAAUCCUGAAAAUUUUCCCGAGCCCUUAAAAUUUGAUCCCUCGAGAUUUGAUGGGAAUGGACCUGCUCCUUACACAUUUGUGCCUUUCGGUGGAGGACCUAGGAUGUGUCCUGGAAAAGAGUAUGCUAGAUUGGAAAUACUUGUUUUCAUGCACCAUAUUGUGAAAAGAUUCAAGUGGGAGAAAGUGAUUCCUGAUGAGAAGAUUGUUGUUGAUCCCAUGCCUAUCCCAGCCAAGGGACUUCCAGUUCGUCUCUAUCCGCACAAAGCAGCUUAAUAAAUGAAUGGAAAGCUUGAUGGAGUAAUGCUUUAUGUGAACUUGUGUUAUUGUCUCUUGUUAGCUGCUAUUGCUUUCCUUCUUUUGUUAUUAUUAUUACUCUUUGUUUUAUUAAUGCAUUUACGAGUGUAGUGUUACUCCUAAUAAAUGUUGGAAGAUAUGGUUGUAACUGCACUGUGUUUAACCAUCUGUGAUGUAUUGGAUAUCAACUUUGCUGCGAAUUAAUAAUAAACCUCAUGCCUUGUUUCGACUGGU